AUUUUCCAAGCUUAAUAAGAAACAGUCCAAGAGCAGGUCAUGGCAUUAACAUUCAGUGGGAGUGCAGUGAGAAUCAGGUUCAACCUCCAGGAUUGCUGGGCUUGUGGUUGAUUUUUCUGUUUACUCUGCAAAAGUUUCUGAUAGGCGGAGCGUCUAGUUUCAACUUCCUUUUGCAGCAAGUUCUUUCCUGCACUAAUCACAAUUCUUGGAAGAGGAGAACUGGACGUUGUGAACAGACUUAGCUGGUAAAUGUUCUCGUAAAAGAGCAAAAAAAUGAGACUUCCAACAAAGGUUAUAUGCCUUAUGCUAUGGGUUGUUUGUGUGGCAGAAGAUUGCAAUGAACUUCCUCCAAGAAAAAGUACAGAAAUUCUGACAGGUUCCUGGCCUGACCAAGCAUAUCCAGAAGGCACUCAGGCUGUCUAUAAAUGCCGCCCUGGAUAUAGAUCUCUCGGAAAUAUAAUAAUGAUAUGCAAGCUUGGAACAUGGGUGGCUCUUAAUCCAUUGAAGACAUGUCAGAAAAGGCCCUGUGGAUUUCCUGGAGAGACUCCCUUUGGUUCUUUUAAGCUCACAGUAGGAAAUGCAUUUGAAUAUGGUGCAAAAGUUGUAUAUACAUGUAAUGAGGGGUUUCAAUUGCUAGGUGGGAUUAAUUACCGUGAAUGUGAUGCAGAUGGAUGGACCAAUGAUAUUCCUAUAUGUGAAGUUGUGAAGUGUUUACCAGUGACAGCACCAGAGAAUGGAGAAAUUAUCAGUGGUGCAAUGGAAUCAGACCGAGAAUACCAUUUUGGACAAGUAGUACAGUUUGCGUGUAAUCCAGGCUACAAGAUUGAAGGAGAUAAAGAAAUACAUUGUUCAGGUGAUGGUGUUUGGAGUAAAGAAACACCAAAGUGUGUGGAAAUUUCAUGCAAAGCGCCACACGUUAUGAAUGGAUCUCCUGUAUCUAAGAAGAAUAUUUUUAAGGAGAAUGAACGAUUCCAGUAUAAAUGUAACAUGGGUUAUGAAUACACUACAAGAGGAGAUUCUGUAUGCACUGAAUCUGGAUGGAAUCCAUUACCUUCAUGUGAAGAAAAAACAUGUAAAACUCCUUAUAUUCCAAAUGGUGUAUACACACCUUUAAGGACUAAACACAGAGUUGGAGAUGAAAUCAGGUAUGAGUGUAACAGUGGUUUUUAUCCUGCAACCCGGGAAAAAACAGUAAAAUGCACGGGUACUGGCUGGAUACCUGUUCCAAGAUGUACCAGAUUGAAACGUUGUGAUUAUCCACAUAUUAAACAUGGACGUCUAUAUUAUGAGAGUCUCUAUAGCAUAUACUUUUCUGCACCUGUAGGACAAUAUUACUACUAUUACUGUGAUCCAAAUUUUGUGACUCCUUCACGAAGUUCCGGUGGUUACAUUCAAUGCACACAAAAUGGGUGGUCUCCAGCAAACCCAUGCCGCAGACAAUGUUAUUUUCCUUAUUUGAAAAAUGGAUAUGAUACACAUUCUGGAAGAAAUUUUAUACAGGGUGACUCUGUAGAAGUUCCCUGCCAUUCUGGCUAUGGUCUUCCAGAUGAACAGACCACAGUUACAUGUACAGAGAAUGACUGGUCUCUUACUCCCACAUGCAUCCGUGUCAAAACAUGUUCUAGAUCAGAUAUAGAUAUUGAGAAUGGCUUUUUUUCUGAAUCUCAGUAUACAUAUGCCUUAAAUAAACAAGCAAAAUAUCAAUGCAAACUAGGAUUUAUAACAGCAAAUGGUGAAACGUCAGGAUCAAUUUCGUGUCUGAAAAGUGGAUGGUCAGCUCAACCCAAAUGCGUUAAAUCUUGUGAUAUGCCAGCAUUUAACAAUGCCAGAGCCAAAAAUAGCAUCACAUGGUUUAAGCUGAAUGACAUAUUGGACUAUGAAUGCCAUGAUGGUUAUGAAAGCACAAACGGAAGCACCACUGGUUCCAUAGUUUGUGGUUACAAUGGUUGGUCUGAUUCACCCACAUGUUACGAACGAGAAUGCAGCCUUCCUAAAAUAGAUGCACAGUUAGUUCCUGAUCCCAAGAACGACCAGUUUAAAGUUGGAGAGGUGGUGAAAUUCUCCUGCAAACCAGGAUUUACCAGAGUUGGACCUGAUUCAGUUCAGUGCUACCACUUUGGAUUGUCCCCUCAACUCCCAAUAUGUAAAGAGCAAGUACAAUCAUGUGGUCCACCUCCUGAACUUCUCAAUGGGGACGUUAAGGAAACAAAGAAAGAACAAUAUGCACACAGCCAAGUGGUGGAAUAUUACUGCAAUCCCAGAUUUCUAAUGAAGGGGCCUAAUAAAAUUCAAUGUGUUGAUGGAGAGUGGACAGCUUUGCCAAUGUGUAUUGAGGAGGAGAGUACCUGUGGAGAUAUACCUGAAAUUGAACACGGCUAUGCCCAGCCUUCUUCUCCUCCCUAUUACUAUGGAGAUUCAGUGGAGUUAAAUUGCUCAGAAACAUUUACAAUGAUCGGGCACAGAUCAAUUACAUGUAUUAAUGGAGUAUGGACCCAACUUCCUCAGUGUGUGGCAACAGAUCAACUGAAGAAGUGCAAAACACCAAAGUUAAUUAUAAUUGAGGGAAUUUUAACCAAAAAGAAAGAAUUUGAUCAUAAUUCUAACAUAAGGUACAGAUGUAGAGGAAAAGAAGAACAAAAACACUCAGUCUGCAUAAAUGGAAGGUGGGAUCCGGAAGUGAACUGCUCAAAGGCACAAAUACAAUUAUGCCCACCUCCACCUCAGAUUCCCAAUUCUGUGAAUAUUACAACCACAUUGAAUUAUCAAGAUGGAGAAAAAGUAUCUCUUCUGUGUCAAGAAAAUUACCUAAUUCAGGAAGGAGAAGAAAUUACGUGCAAAGAUGGAAGAUGGCAAUCAGUACCGGGCUGUGUUGAAAAAAUUCCGUGUUCACAACCACCGCAUGUAGAACAUGGAACCAUUAAUUCAUCCAAAUUUUCAGAAGAAAGUUAUGCACAUGGGACGAAAUUGAGUUUUACUUGUGAAGAUGGUUUCAGGAUAUCUGAAGAAAAUGAAAUAACAUGCUUUAUGGGAAAAUGGAGUUCUCCACCUCAAUGUGAAGGUCUUCCUUGUAAGUCUCCACCUAAGAUUUCUAAUGGUGCUGUACCUAACAUGUCAGACAGUUAUCAGUAUGAAGAAGAAGUUACAUACACAUGUUCUGAAGGUUUUGGAAUUGAUGGACCUGCCACUGCAAAAUGCUUGGGAGAAAAAUGGUCCCACCCUCCAGAAUGCAUAAUAACGGAUUGUAAUGGUUUACCGAGCUUUGAAAAUGCCAGACCUGAGGGAGUGACGAAGAAUUCCUAUAGGUCGGGUGAGCAGGUGACUUACACUUGUGCACCAUAUUACCAAAUGGAUGGACCCAGUACUGUAACAUGUAUUAAUAGGAAAUGGACAGGAAGGCCAACAUGCAGAGACAGUUCUUGUACGAAUCCGCCCAGAGUACAAAAUGCUUAUAUGAGGCAAACACAGAAGGAUAGAUAUUUAUCUGGUGAUAAAGUAUAUUAUGAAUGUAGGAGACCUUAUGAAAUGUUUGGGGAUGCAGAAGUGAUAUGUGUAAAUGGAAACUGGACCGAACCACCUCAAUGCAAAGAUUCUGCAGGAAAAUGUGGGCCCCCUCCACCUAUUGCCAAUGGAGACACUACUUCAUUCCCACUGUCAGUAUAUGCUCCAGAUUCAUCAGUGGAGUAUCAAUGCCAGAACUUGUAUGAACUUGAGGGUAACAAGCGAAUAACAUGUAGAAAUGGACAAUGGUCAGAACCACCAAAAUGCCUACCAACACUUUGUGAUUUUCCAAAAAUAAACCAUGGAAUUCUGUAUGAUGAAGAAAAUUAUAAGCCAUUUUCCCAAGUUCCUGUAGGGGAAGUUUUCUAUUACUCCUGUGAAUAUAAUUUUAUGUCUCCUUCAAAAUCCUUCUGGACUCGCAUAACAUGCACAGAAGAAGGAUGGUCACCAACACCAAAGUGUCUCCGAAUAUGUUUCUUUCCUUUUGUGGAAAAUGGUCAUUCUGACUCUUCAGGACGGACACAUCUGGAAGGUGAUACUGUACAAAUUGUUUGCAAUGCAGGAUACAGCCUUAAAAAAAAUAAGACCAACAUUUCAUGUGUAGAAGGUGGCUGGUCCACUCCUCCCAAAUGCACCUCCACUAAAUGUCAUAUUCCUAUUUUAGAAGGAAAUAUAGAUGCUCAUCCAAAAAAGGAAAGAUACAAAAUUGGAGAUGUGUUGAAAUUCUCUUGCAGACAAAAUCUUACAAGAGUUGGACCAGAUUCAGUUCAAUGUUACCAAUUUGGGUGGUCACCUAACUUUCCAACAUGCAAAGGACAAGUACAAUCGUGUGGUCGACCUCCUCAACUCUCCAAUGGUGAAGUUAGGGAGACAACAAAAGAGGAAUAUGGGCACAGUGAAGUGGUGGAAUAUGAUUGCAAUCCUAAUUUUAUAAUGACAGGGCCUAAGAAAAUACAAUGUGUGGAUGGAAAAUGGACAACUUUACCCAUUUGUGUUGAACAAGUGAAACCAUGUGGAUAUAUACCUGAACUCAAGCAUGGUUCUGCUCGGCAGUCUGUCCCUCCCUACCAACAUGGAGUUUCAGUGGAGAUGAAUUGCAAUAAUGAAUAUGUCAUGAUUGGAAAUAACAUGAUUACCUGUAUUAAUGGAAUAUGGACAGAGCUUCCUCUGUGUGUGGCAACACAUCAACUUAAGAGUUGCAAAAUAGGAGAAGCUAAUAUAAGAACGUUGUUCAGCCUAUUUGGGAAGGAAUUUAAUCACAAUGCUGGAAUACGUUACAGAUGUUUAGGUAUCCCCGGACACAGGCGUUCAGUCUGCAUAAACGGGAAAUGGACUCCUGAUCUAGACUGCACAGAAAAAGAGGAACUCUGCCCACCACCACCUCAGAUACCUAAUGCUCAGAAUAUGACAACCACAGUGAAUUAUCAGGAUGGAGAAAAAGUAGCUGUUCUCUGUAAAGAAAACUAUCUACUUCCAGAAGCAAAAGAAAUUCUAUGUAAAAAUGGACAAUGGCAAUCAUUACCACGCUGUGUUGCGUCUACAGCAUACUGUGGGCCCCCUCCACCUAUUAGCCAUGGAGAUAUCACGUCAUUCCCAUUACCAGUAUAUCCUCCAGGGUCAACAGUGACGUACCGUUGCAGGUCCUUCUAUGAACUCCAGGGCUCCGUCACUGCAACAUGCAGGAAUAAACAGUGGUCAGAACCACCAAAAUGCCUAGAACCAUGUGUGAUAUCUGGAGAAACUAUGGACAAAAAUAACAUACGGUUAAAAUGGAUCGGCAGUGAAAAACUUUAUGUAAAAACAGGGGAGGCUGUUGAAUUUGUGUGUAAAUUCCCAUAUCAAGCGAAGAAAUCAUCACCAUCAUUUCGAGCAAUCUGUCAAGAAGGGAAAUUUGAAUAUCCCAUAUGUACGAAGCUAGCAUAUUUUUCCUGAAUAUAGUCAUUAAAGUUAUCGUACAUCUAUGCUAAAA